CUACCCUUCACGGAAACCGCGUUUUGCAGGCAGGUGGGCCCCUCCACUGGUUCUUUCAAUCUGAAUCUCAAUCUCGUAAGCUCCCCUAAUCUAAUCUUCACCGUAAAGCUAAAGCUCCAUUCAAUUCUGCGCGUCCCGUGAUGUUAUAAGAAUAGCUUAGCAUAAACCACAUCAGGAAAGCGUUUGUUUCAGAUCUCUGGAAGAGGAGGAAGCUUCCAUGGCGGAGAACGGUGAAGAGAAGCUCAUAGCGAUGGCUCGCCACAUCGCCAAGACUCUCGGCCACACCGACACUAUGACUGACGAUAUUCUCCAGAUUUUCUCCAAAUUCGACGGCAGAUUGCGUGAGAAGCUGUCCGAGAAGUUGACGGACGAUGACCCCAGGGCCUUUGAGCAGACUCUCAAGUCCCUCGACCGUCAGAUCUCCCGCUACUUGUCCGCUGAUCACCCGAUCUGGUCUGAUUCCAGUGACGCCUCCACGUUUCUUGACGCCGUCGACGAGUUGGUCUCCGCGAUUCGGGAUUGGACCCCUAUGGCCGGCGACAAGCCCGUUGCCGCUUGUCUUGACCGCGCCGACGAUUUGCUCCAGCAGUCGAUGUUCCGUCUGGAGGACGAGUUCAGGACGUUGAUGGAGCGAGGUGGACAGUCCUUCGAUGCCAAUCGGUUGCGGAACGGCGAGUCUGCCGCGAAUUACGCACUUGACUCAGAGGAGGACGAAGAUGAAGAUGAAGUCGGUGAAGUGAUUGGGGGCGGUGCCGACCACCAGAUCCCUGUGGCACAUCCGGUCACCGACUAUGACUUUGUUAUCGAUGCUCUUCCGUCGGGGACGGUCAAUGAUCUUCACGAGAUCGCGAAUCGGAUGGUGGCCGCAGGCUACGCCAAGGAGUGCUCGCACGUGUACAGUAGUUGCCGGAGGGAGUUUCUGGAGGAGAGCUUGUCCAGGUUAGGGUUGCAGAAGCUGAGCAGCGAGGAGGUUCAGAAGAUGCCCUGGUCCGACCUUGAAGACGAGAUCGAUCGGUGGAACAAGGCCACUAACGUCGCGCUCCGAAUCCUCUUCCCCAGCGAACGCCGCCUCUGCGAUCGCGUCUUCUUCGGCUUCUCCUCCGCCGCUGACCUGUCCUUCAUGGAGGUCUGCCGGGGGUCGACCAUCCAACUUCUCUAUUUCGCUGAUGCGGUCGCGAUAGGAAGCAGAGCGCCGGAGCGACUGUUCAAAGUCCUCGACGUGUUCGAGACGAUUCGCGAUCUGAUGCCUGAGUUUGAAGCUGUGUUCUCUGACCAGUACUGUCUGUUCCUCAGAAACGAGGCGUUUACAAUAUGGAAGAGAUUAGGGGAAGCUAUCAGAGGUAUAUUCAUGGAAUUGGAGAAUUUAAUCCGACGAGACCCAGCCAAAGUGGCGGUUCCCGGUGGUGGACUCCACCCAAUCACUCGCUACGUGAUGAACUACCUCCGAGCAGCCUGCCGUUCACGCCAAACCCUUGAACAAGUCUUUGAAGAUUGCAUGGCACCACCUGGUGCCGUUGAUUAUCGGAAACUGGAUGACCGAUCAUUGUCAUCGUCUUCAUUAUCUGUUCAAAUGGCUUGGAUUAUGGAGCUCUUAGAAAGUAAUUUGGAGUCCAAGUCAAAGAUUUACAGGGACCCUGCUUUAUGCUCUGUUUUCAUGAUGAAUAAUGGGAGGUACAUUGUUCAAAAGGUUAAAGACAGUGAAUUGGGUUCUCUGUUAGGAGAUGAUUGGACCCGAAAACACGCGGCAAAGGUCCGGCAAUAUCAUGUGAAUUACCAGAGAAGUUCUUGGAGUAAGCUUUUGGGGUUUUUGAAACUGGAUAAUAUCACUAUGGCUUCUAGUGGUGCAUCUAAAGCUAUGAAAGACAAAAUCAAGUUUUUUAACACAUGCUUUGAUGAAAUAUGUAAAACUCAGUCAACCUGGGUCAUUUUUGAUGAGCAGCUAAGAGAGGAGUUAAGGAUUUCGAUUUUUAGGAACUUGUCCGCGGCUUACGGGAACUUCCUGGGUAGGUUUCAAAAUGGUCCAGACAUUGGGAAGCAUGACAAGUACAUUCAGUAUGGUGUGGAUGAUCUCGAGGCCCGGGUUAAUGAGUUAUUUGAAGGAGGUGUUGGAUCAGCCGGAAGCCGGAAGUGAAGGUGAAAGUAAGCUAAUCGGUUAUGUUGUUGAAUCGUGCAUGCUGCUUGUAAUCUAAGCGCUGUUUCAUGUAAAUGCAAUCUUUUUGGUCCUCUCCCCUUGUAGUAGUCAGUGUUAAAAUCAUCUCUGAAAACACUUUUUUUUUUUUGUUGAACUUAUCAGUCCGAAUCCUAUUUAAGGGUAGGUACGGCAGUGUAAUGCUGAAGGGUACUUAAUCAUGAAUUCAUGAUUUGUGGUUUUAAUUUUUC